CCGCCGCCGCCGCCGCCGCCCCGCGCCACCCGGGCCGCGGGCAGGGAAGAUGAGCGCGCCCGGCGCCGGGGGCUGAGGCUGCGCGCUCGCUGCGGGGCGCGCCCGGGAUGAGCUCAGGCCCGCGCGGGCGGCUCUGCGCACCUGCCGACCUGCCGGCGGCCCCCUGAGCCCGCGGCGCACCUGGGCUGCAGCCCCGCAGGCCCGCGCUGGCCGCAGCGGGGGGCGCGGCGCCCGGGAGCAGGUGCCCGCGCAGCCCCGGGACCGGGCGGCGGGCAGGUGGCGCGCGGGCGGCCGGGCCGGGCGCAGCGCGGGGGGCGAGGCCGGCGCGUCGCUGGCGGGAGGCCGGGGCACACAGGGGCAUGUGGAUACUGGCCCUCUCCUUGUUCCAGAGCUUCGCGAAUGUUUUCCCUGAGGACCUUCACUCCAGCCUCUACUUUGUCAAUGCAUCUCUGCAAGAGGUAGUCUUUGCCAGCACCACGGGGACCCUGGUGCCCUGCCCCGCCGCUGGGAUCCCUCCUGUGUCUCUCCGAUGGUACCUAGCCACGGGCGAGGAGAUCUACGAUGUCCCCGCGAUCCGCCACGUCCACCCCAACGGCACUCUCCAGAUUUUCCCCUUCCCUCCUUCAAGCUUUAGUACCUUAAUCCAUGAUAAUACUUAUUAUUGCACAGCUGAAAAUCCUUCAGGGAAAAUUAGAAGUCAGGAUGUCCACAUCAAGGCUGUUUUGCGGGAGCCCUAUACAGUCCGUGUGGAGGACCAGAAGACCAUGAGAGGCAAUGUCGCGGUCUUCAAGUGCAUUAUCCCCUCCUCGGUGGAGGUGUACAUCACCGUCGUCUCGUGGGAGAAAGACACUAUCUCACUCAGCUCAGGAUCUAGAUUUCUCAUCACAUCCACGGGAGCCUUGUAUAUUAAAGAUGUACAGAACGAAGAUGGAUUAUAUAAUUACCGCUGCAUCACGCGGCACAGGUACACCGGGGAGACGAGACAGAGCAACAGCGCUAGACUUUUUGUAUCAGACCCAGCGAACUCAGCCCCAUCCCUCCUGGAUGGGUUUGACCAUCGCAAAGCCAUGGCAGGGCAGCACGUGGAGCUGCCCUGCAAAGCGCUUGGGCACCCAGAGCCAGAUUACCGCUGGCUGAAGGACAACAUGCCCCUGGAACUUUCCGGAAGAUUCCAGAAGACGGUGACAGGGCUGCUCAUUGAGAACACACGUCCCUCGGACUCAGGCAGCUACGUGUGUGAGGUGUCUAACAGAUACGGAACCGCAAAGGUGAUUGGCCGCCUGUACGUGAAACAGCCUCUGAAAGCAACGAUCAGCCCCAGGAAGGUGAAGAGCAGCGUGGGCAGCCAGGUGUCCUUGUCCUGUAGCGUGACGGGCAGUGAGGACCAGGAGCUCUCCUGGUACAGAAAUGGUGAAAUCCUCAACCCUGGCAAGAAUGUGAGGAUCACGGGGCUCAACCACGAGAACCUCAUCAUGGACCACAUGGUCAAGAGUGACGGCGGUGCCUACCAGUGCUUCGUGCGCAAGGACAAGCUGUCUGCUCAGGACUACGUGCAGGUGGUCCUCGAAGAUGGAACCCCCAAAAUCAUUUCUGCCUUUAGCGAAAAAGUGGUGAGCCCAGCAGAGCCCGUCUCCCUCAUGUGCAACGUCAAGGGGACCCCACUGCCCACCAUCACGUGGACCCUGGAUGACGACCCCAUCCUCAAGGGAGGCAGCCACCGCAUCAGCCAGAUGAUCACGUCAGAGGGGAACGUGGUCAGCUACUUGAACAUCUCCAGCUCUCAGGUCCGAGACGGGGGCGUCUACCGGUGCACGGCCAACAACUCAGCGGGAGUCGUCCUUUACCAGGCUCGAAUAAACGUAAGAGGGCCUGCAAGCAUUCGACCAAUGAAAAAUAUCACAGCAAUAGCAGGGCGGGACACAUACAUUCACUGCCGUGUGAUUGGCUACCCUUACUACUCCAUCAAAUGGUACAAGAACUCUAAUUUGCUUCCUUUUAACCAUCGCCAAGUGGCAUUUGAGAACAAUGGAACUCUAAAACUCUCGGAUGUACAAAAGGAGGUGGACGAAGGAGAGUACACAUGCAAUGUGCUGGUUCAGCCUCAGCUGUCCACCAGCCAGAGUGUUCACGUGACAGUCAAGGUUCCACCUUUUAUACAACCCUUUGAGUUUCCGAGAUUCUCUAUUGGACAGCGAGUCUUCAUUCCAUGUGUUGUGGUCUCAGGGGACUUACCCAUCACCAUCACCUGGCAGAAAGACGGGCGGCCAAUCCCAGCCAGCCUGGGAGUCACCAUUGACAAUAUCGACUUCACGAGCUCCCUGCGGAUUUCCAACCUCUCCCUGAUGCACAACGGGAAUUACACCUGCAUCGCCCGGAACGAGGCUGCCGCAGUGGAGCACCAAAGCCAGCUCAUCGUCAGAGUUCCUCCCAAGUUUGUGGUUCAGCCACGUGACCAGGAUGGAAUUUAUGGCAAAGCAGUCAUCCUAAAUUGCUCAGCAGAAGGUUAUCCUGUACCCACCAUCGUGUGGAAAUUCUCUAAAGGUGCUGGGGUUCCCCAGUUCCAACCGAUCGCCCUAAAUGGCCGAAUUCAGGUCCUGAGCAAUGGGUCUUUGUUGAUCAAGCAUGUUGUGGAAGAAGAUAGCGGUUACUACCUCUGCAAGGUCAGCAAUGACGUGGGCGCAGACGUCAGCAAGUCCAUGUACCUCACGGUUAAAAUUCCUGCUAUGAUCACCUCCUAUCCAAACACCACCCUGGCCACCCAGGGCCAGAAGAAGGAAAUGAGCUGCACAGCUCAUGGGGAAAAGCCCAUCAUAGUCCGCUGGGAGAAGGAGGACCGCAUCAUCAACCCUGAGAUGGCCCGCUACCUGGUGUCCACCAAAGAGGUGGGCGAGGAGGUGAUUUCUACCCUGCAGAUUUUGCCAACUGUCAGGGAGGACUCCGGCUUCUUCUCCUGCCAUGCUAUCAAUUCCUACGGAGAGGACCGUGGGAUCAUCCAGCUCACAGUGCAAGAGCCCCCGGACCCUCCUGAGAUCGAGAUCAAAGAUGUGAGGGCGCGAACCAUCACCCUCAGAUGGACCAUGGGGUUUGAUGGCAACAGCCCCAUCACGGGCUACGACAUCGAGUGUAAAAAUAAAUCAGACUCCUGGGAUUCUGCUCAGAGAACCAAAGAUGUUUCCCCUCAGCUGAACUCGGCCACCAUCAUUGAUAUCCACCCUUCCUCCACCUACAGCAUCCGCAUGUACGCCAAGAACCGGAUCGGCAAGAGCGAGCCCAGCAACGAGCUCUCCAUCACCGCCGACGAGGCAGCUCCUGACGGGCCCCCUCAGGAAGUCCACCUGGAGCCCAUCUCGUCCCAGAGCAUCAGGGUGACCUGGAAGGCGCCCAAGAAGCACCUGCAGAACGGGAUCAUCCGCGGCUACCAGAUCGGGUACCGCGAGUACAGUACAGGCGGCAACUUCCAGUUCAACAUCGUCAGCAUCGACACCACGGGCGACAGCGAGAUCUACACGCUGGACAACCUCAACAAGUUCACGCAGUACGGGCUGGUGGUGCAGGCCUGCAACCGCGCGGGCACCGGCCCGUCCUCGCAGGAGAUCAUCACCACCACGCUGGAGGAUGUGCCCAGCUACCCCCCGGAAAAUGUGCAAGCCAUAGCCACAUCCCCGGAAAGCAUAUCCAUAUCCUGGUCAACGCUCUCCAAGGAAGCCUUGAACGGGAUUCUGCAGGGCUUCAGGGUCAUCUACUGGGCCAACCUCAUGGACGGAGAGCUGGGCGAGAUCAAGAACGUCACCACCACUCAGCCGUCCCUGGAACUGGAUGGGCUGGAGAAAUACACCAACUACAGCGUGCAGGUGCUGGCCUUUACGCGGGCGGGCGAUGGGGUUCGGAGCGAGCAGAUCUUCACCCGCACCAAGGAGGAUGUUCCAGGUCCCCCGGCGGGCGUGAAGGCAGCUGCGGCAUCUGCCUCCAUGGUUUUCGUGUCCUGGCUGCCCCCUCUCAAGCUCAACGGCAUCAUCCGGAAGUACACGGUCUUCUGUUCCCACCCCUACCCCACGGUGAUCAGCGAGUUUGAAGCCUCUCCCGACUCGUUUUCCUACAGAAUCCCCAACCUGAGCCGCAACCGGCAGUACAGCGUCUGGGUGGUGGCAGUCACCUCGGCAGGGAGAGGCAACAGCAGCGAGAUCAUCACGGUGGAGCCCUUGGCCAAAGCUCCAGCGCGAAUACUCACCUUCAGUGGCACGGUGACCACCCCAUGGAUGAAAGACAUCGCGCUGCCCUGCAAGGCCGUGGGGGACCCGUCACCAGCAGUGAAGUGGAUGAAGGACAGUAACGGGACCCCCAGCCUGGUGAUGAUUGAUGGGAGACGGAGCAUCUUCAGCAACGGGAGCUUCGUCAUCCGGACCGUGAAGGCCGAGGACUCGGGCUACUACAGCUGCAUUGCGAACAACAACUGGGGCUCUGACGAGAUCAUCCUGAAUUUACAAGUGCAAGUCCCACCAGAUCAACCCCGGCUCACCGUGUCCAAAACCACUUCCUCCUCCAUCACUCUCUCUUGGCUCCCCGGAGACAAUGGCGGCAGCUCCAUCCGAGGCUACAUCCUGCAGUACUCGGAGGACAACAGUGAGCAGUGGGGCAGCUUCCCCAUCAGCCCCAGCGAGCGCUCCUACCGCCUGGAGAACCUCAAGUGUGGCACCUGGUACAAGUUCACCCUGACGGCACAGAACGGGGUGGGCCCCGGGCGCAUCAGCGAGAUCAUCGAGGCCAAAACGCUGGGGAAAGAGCCCCAGUUCUCCAAGGAGCAGGAACUGUUCGCUAGCAUCAACACCACCCGCGUGCGGCUCAACCUCAUUGGCUGGAACGAUGGCGGCUGCCCCAUCACCUCCUUCACACUCGAGUACAGGCCCUUUGGCACCACAGUCUGGACCACGGCCCAGCGCACCUCCCUGUCCAAGUCCUACAUCCUGUACGACCUGCAGGAGGCCACCUGGUACGAGCUGCAGAUGCGGGCCUGCAACAGCGCCGGCUGCGCCGAGAAGCAGGCCAACUUCGCCACACUCAACUAUGAUGGCAGUACCAUCCCUCCGCUCAUCAAGUCGGUGGUGCAGAGUGAAGAGGGGCUGACGACCAACGAGGGGCUUAAGAUGCUGGUGACCAUCUCCUGUAUCCUGGUGGGCAUCCUGCUGCUGCUCGUGCUCCUGCUGGUGGUGCGGAGGCGGCGGCGGGAGCAGAGGCUCAAGAGGCUGAGAGAUGCAAAGAGUUUAGCUGAAAUGCUCAUGAGUAAGAACACCCGGACUUCAGACACCUUGAGCAAGCAGCAGCAGACUCUGCGGAUGCAUAUCGAUAUACCCAGGGCUCAGCUUCUGAUCGAAGAGAGAGACACCAUGGAGACCAUUGAUGACCGCUCCACCGUGCUGCUCACGGAUGCUGACUUUGGAGAGGCGGCCAAACAGAAGUCCCUGACCGUGACGCACACGGUCCACUACCAGUCGGUGUCACAGGCCACGGGGCCCCUGGUGGACGUCUCGGAUGCUCGGCCGGGAACGAAUCCUACCACACGGAGAAACGCCAAGGCCGGGCCCACGGCGAGGAACCGGUACGCCAGCCAGUGGACGCUCAACAGACCUCACCCCACCAUCUCCACACACACGCUCACCACAGACUGGAGGCUGCCAACACCCCGGGCUGCCGGGUCCAUGGACAAGGAGAGCGACAGUUACAGCGUCAGCCCCUCCCAAGACACAGACCGAGCACGGAGCAGCAUGGUCUCCACAGAAAGUGCCUCCUCUACUUACGAAGAACUGGCCCGGGCCUACGAGCACGCCAAGAUGGAAGAGCAGCUGAGACAUGCCAAGUUCACCAUCACCGAGUGCUUCAUCUCUGACACCUCGUCCGGACAGUUGACGGCAGGGACAAAUGAGUACACAGACAGUCUGACCUCCAGCACCCCUUCAGAGUCGGGGAUCUGCAGGUUCACUGCGUCUCCCCCCAAACCUCAGGAUGGAGGGCGGGUGGCCAACAUGGCGGUUCCAAAGGCACAUCGGCCAGGUGACCUCAUCCACUUACCUCCAUACCUCCGCAUGGACUUUCUAUUGAACAGAAGCGGCCCGGGCCCCAGCCGGGACCUCAGCUUGGGACAAGCGUGCUUGGAGCCUCAGAAAAGUCGGACCCUCAAGCGCCCCACGGUCCUUGAGCCCAUCCCCAUGGAGGCCGCCUCGUCCAGCUCCUCCACGAGGGAGGGACAGCAGUGGCAACAGGGAGCCACCGCCGCCGCUGCCGCUGCCGCUGCCGUGGCCACCCUACCUCCACGCGAGGGGGCCGAGCUGGGCCAGGCGGCCAAAAUGAGCAGCUCCCAAGAAUCCUUGCUCGACUCCCGGGGCCACUUGAAAGGAAAUAACCCCUACGCGAAAUCCUACACCCUGGUAUGACACACAGCAGGACUGGACAGCGGUUGUAAAUACGAUUUAAAAAAAAAUUCAAUCCAAGCUACCUUUUUUUUACGGAAUUCCAAUAUUUAUAAUUAAAGAAAAUUGCCAAAAUAUAUUAAAAAAAAAAAAGGAAAAGAUACUGAAAACCCCAGACAGUGCAAAGACUCUCCCGCGUUUUUUCAGUCUGAGUGUGAACUCCAUCUGCCUGGGCGUCUGAUUUUUGGGGAAAGAAGUCCAGUUUUAUGAUCUUCACAGGCUACUGCAUUUUUACUGAUUUUCUACAAAGUGCAUGGGGACUAAUUCCACCUUCUGACUAGAAGUUUGAGCACACAGGAUUCAAGAGAGAGGAUGGCAGGGGGGCAGGGGGACGCACCCCCCCCCCCCCCCGUUGGGAAUCUCCGAGGACCAUGCGUUGGGGGAGGGGACGAGCUGUCGUGUUUGCACACUUUGCUUUCCCAUUGGACACGGGCUCUUCAAGCGGACCUUCUUCUGUUGUUAACGAGGACAAGUGCCGUCGGGGGCAGGGCGGGUGGGGGAAUCGAUUUGAU